GAACAGCAAGAGAACAGCGCCGAAGAGUCCGAAGGCGACUUACCUCUUACCAAGUCCCCUUCCAACCCAACAGGAGGCCGCAAACCUACCAAACUUGCGAUGCAGAAUGCAGCCGUGGCAGAAGAGGUCACUGAGGACGGCGCACUACGGCGCACAAAUCCUGGUAGAAGAAUUGGUCCAAUUCGUGAAUCGCGGAUCAAAGAUCGACCAGCGAAAGAGGGCGAGAAGGAUAGCAGCCUGAAGAUCAAAAUUGAGCUGGAUCUUGAAGUUGAGGUAGAGAUUUAUGCACGAGUUAAGGGUGAUAGUCAAAGGGGAUGUUACGAUCGGACUCCUGUAAGA